AUAAACAGGUUAGUGAAAUUCCAGCAUGCAAACAAGUCUUAUUAGACUCUCUCCUUCCUUCUUCUCCGAUUCGCUUUACACAACUUCCGUCGUCCUCUCUCUCGCUUGACUGUGAAUUAAUCGGUGAUCAAAAUAUCCGCCAUGGACAGAGCACAAUUGAUCUUGUUAGGUCUACCUAUAUUCUUAUUUUGUUCGGAUCUCUUCAACCUUUUCACUCCUCCGCCUCCAAAACCUCAGCCUCACCGUCCUCAUCAGCCACCGCAUAUCCCUCACCAGCAUCGUCCUGCUGCAAUCAUCCCUGAAACCCUAGAUUUUCCUUCACAGAAGACAAAUGGCUUAGGAGCAAUUGGAUAUGGAAAUACAGUAGAGAUCAACUUCUGCGUCUCUUGUUCUUACAAGGGAACUGCAGUCACUAUGAAGAAGAUGUUGGAGACUGCUUUUCCCGGUUUAGAUGUGAUUCUCGCAAAUUACCCACCUCCAGCACCAAAACGCCUUCUAGCUAAGUUUGUGCCUGUUGCUCAGAUGGGAGUUAUUGGUAUGAUAGUAGCAGGUGAUCGUAUCCUUCCCAUGAUUGGAAUAACGCACCCACCUGCUUGGUUCCACUCCUUGAGGGCCAACAGAUUUGGAUCCAUGGCUUCUACUUGGCUUAUCGGAAACUUUCUACAGUCUUACCUUCAAAGCUCAGGCGCCUUUGAAGUUCACUGCAACGGCGAACUGGUGUUCUCUAAAUUGAAAGAAGGUAGAUUCCCAGGAGAGAUCGAGCUGAGAGAUCUCAUCAGUAAAACUCUAACAAGACCGAGCAUACUCGCAGGUAGCAGCUACUGAAGUAGUAGUAUCAGAAGAUAGAAAAGCUGGAACCUUUCCGUGAAGUUCCACAAGAAUUUUAACACGAGAUGGUGUUACAAUCUCAUGUGCCAAAAGUGUUUUUAUGUUUGAAUUUACAUCCCAUUUAGGCUGUUGAUGUAGCAUACCUUGAUAUAACUAGAGUUUACUCUUUUGAUUCAAUCAUUUUGCAUAGACA